AUGGCCCUGAGAAAGCUGGGAGAUGUUCGGGGCCGCUACUGCUCCCCCGGUCCGAGGGGAUGCUGGUGGCGGUCUCGUUUAUCCUCACAGCUCCUUGGUGGUUCCCUGGUGGUUACUCUCAUUACUCUUGCAGAUUGGGGUGUUGGAAUGGAGGACAAGACCCGACCGAAACUGUCCUGGCCAAACCCCGGAUUCCACACCCCGACGCUGGGGAAAAGAGGUGACAAGCAAGCCCCACAAAGUCUGCAGAUGGUGAAGAGGCCAAAAUGGGAGCCACUGAGGCGGCUUUCCACCCCACCGCCACAGUUGCCAAGAGGAGCCACCAAUGAGGGCCUAAAGCGGACUCUUUUCCCAAAGACCAAGCCGCUUGAAAAUGUACUCUUCAUGUCUUACAUGAAGAAAAUAGUGGGCUUACCCGAGCUCACUAAGGGCAGGCUACCCUUGCACAUUUGGAUUGGACUCAGAGCACCCUGGAAAACCCCAUCUCCCUGUCCCUUGUGUGCAGCUAACUUGUCUUCCUUGGGACUGGCUGGGGCCCACUUCAGGAAAGCGCAUGGCGCCAGAAAGAUUCUCCUGCUGUGUGCUAUAUGCGGCACCUCGUCCUCCAAAACGAGCUCCAUGACGGGACAUGCUAGUAAAUGCAGGUUGGGGCGAGUGAUCAGGAAGGAUGAGGGGGAUCUCACCUGUGCGUUAUGUGCAAAGCAACUGAAGACUCAGAGAGGCCUUUCCCAGCACCUAAGACUGGCUCACCUUGGCGCCUACCUUGAGAUGGGGCGCAAGUCCAAAGGUCCACUGAUGCUAAAGCCCCCGAGCCCUGGUCUCUCCAGCCUCCUGGAGAAGCUCAAUACGCCUCUGAUGAAGGUUCCGAGGGUCAACGAACUUGUGCAGAUAAUGCAAGCCAACUGGGGUCCCCCCGGGCAAACCACAAGAGUUGGCAUUGACAGAGAAGCCAGGAAACUUGUGUUAAAGUUCAGAAACAAAAUGGGCAUGACAAAGUUUAACGGCCAAAGUAAGGUCCGUAGUGCACCCCGUCGACCAAGGUACACCAAGGAGGCUUAUAAGUUAACCCAGGACCUGUGGUGGCGUGACCCCCUUAAAGCCGCACAGUUCAUCCUUGAUGGUGACGCACCAAACUGCACGCUCCCUAGGGCCACCAUCGAAGAGUCUUAUAAACAGACUUGGUGCAGGCGUGACAGUUAUAAGUCGUUAGCAGGAUUCGGGAAACUCCCGGCGGCAAGCAACAAGGAGUUCCAUCCAGUAGUUACUGGGUUGGAAGUGAUCCGAACCUUGAAAAGAAUGGCCAAAAAGAGCUGCCCAGGACCCGACGGGCUGCAGAGGUCCCAGCUCCUCCUCUGUGAUAAGAAGGGGCUAAAGUUGGCAGGGUUAUUCAAUAACUGGUUGAGGUCGGGGAUGAUCCCAAAAAUCUUCAAAACAAGUACGACGACCCUGAUCCCCAAAUCGAGUGAUCCAGCACUCUGUGGCGCGAUUGGGAACUGGCGGCCACUAACGAUAAGCUCCACCAUCCUGAGGGUCUUCUCUAACAUAUUGGCCGCGCGACUUUCAAUUGCUUGCCAGGUACACCCCCGCCAGAAAGGAUUCGUUAAUGGUUCAGGUUGCAGCGAGAACCUCACGAUCCUAAACGGACUAAUAUCUUUGGCAAAGAGAGAAAGGAGGGAACUGGCCGUCGUCUUCAUCGACUUGGCCAAGGCAUUUGACACGGUUUCGCACCGAUUGAUUGGAGAGACGCUUACUCGGAGGGGAGUGGACCAACUGAUGGUCAAGAUUAUUUUGGAUGGUUACAGGGGCUGCUCAUCCUCAAUAAGGACGCCUGAGGGACCCACCAGGAAGAUCCCAAUAAAGUUGGGAGUUAAGCAGGGAGACCCGCUAUCCCCACUCCUCUUCAAUCUGGCACUUGAUCCAUUGCUAUAUGCCCUGGAUGACGUAAAAGCAGGCUUCGAGUUUGGUGAAGAUGCUACCGUUGCUGCAAUGGCAUUCGCUGACGAUCUCGUGCUGAUUAGUGGCAGUUGGGAGGGCAUGAGAUCCAACCUGGCAGUGUUGGACGCCUUUUGUGACAGGGUGGGAUUGGCGGUGAACCCAGACAAGUGCGUUGCAUUCCACAUUGGACACAAGGGUCGGAAAGGGGUUCUGAACGCCUGUCCUACCUGGACCAUCAACGACCAACCUGUCAGGAUGCUGAGCGGACAAGAGCAGGCAAAAUAUCUGGGGGUUGAGAUACAUCCGUGGAAGGGAGUCUGCUGUUCCCCACUGGCUCCGAAGCUCGAGAGCGGCCUUGUCAAAAUAGACAAGGCCGGGAUCAAACCACACCAAAGGCUGAUGGUACUGAGAUCAUACCUCCUUCCUAGAUUCCUCUAUGUCUGUGACCACUCGGGACUCUCCAGGGGUUCGCUAAGGGCCCUUGAUGCCAAGGUUAAGGUGGCAGUUAAGGGUUGGCUGCACCUAGACCGAUCUACAACAGACGGUCUCCUAUAUGCCAGGUUCAGAGAUGGGGGUCUCUCGAUCCCUAGACUAGAGAGACAAGUCCUGGUCAUGAGGCUAAACAGACUCCUCAAGAUGAUCCACUCUGAGUGUCCAAUUACCCAUGAGAUCUCCUCGCUGCUUGACCUGGAAGCCAAAGUGAGGGAGCUAUACCUUGAUCUCACAGGUGUAGCUGCACCCGAAGACCUGGGUGACGUAGUAGCCCAAAAGCUGCGAUCCGCUAACAUGAAAAUCCUGGAACACAAUAGAUGGAAGCUCCAAAGGUCGCAGGGCAAAGGGGUUGAGGUGUUUGCUAAUGACCAGAUCUCAAACUUUUGGCUAAGAUUGCCUGUCGUCUCCGGGCUGACGGUUCCUGAGUUCCUGGUGGCUCUCAGAUUAAGGACGAAUACAGCGAUCAUGAGGUACUCGGCGGGGGUCAGGGCACCCAACGCCGACUCGGGCUGCAGGUUCUGCCAAUACCCAAGGGAGACCCUGCCUCACAUUAUAGGCAAUUGCCCCGAGUUCAAAAAGAACAGGAUGUCUGCCCACAACAAAGUUUGUGGCAGGUUGGGGAACCUGGCAUCUAUGAAAGGCUGGAAGGUCCUGAGAGAGGAACACGUCAUUGUCUCUGGAAGGACGUGGGUCCCCGACCUCAUAAUGACAAAAGAUGGAAAAGGCAUGACAUUGGAUGUUACCAUCUGCUUCGAGCAACGCUUAAGCACCUUGAGGGAAAAAGCGGAGGCAAAGAAGCGUAAAUAUGAGCACCUCAAACCGAUAUUGGAGAAGGGCCUUAAUCUCUCCCAAAUGACAGUGGAGGGCUUCCCCAUGGGUGCAAGAGGGAAGUGGCAUAAUGGCAAUUACAAGAUACUGGAGGAGAUGGGCUUCUCAAAAACGGCCGGGAAGCUCGAAGCGAGAAGGCUGGACUCGGGGGGGGCCACCCCCACCUCGAUCCGACUACGACCUCAGAUCAGACGAGACUACCCGCUGAAUUUAAGCAUAUUACUAAGCGGAGGAAAAGAAACUAACCAGGAUUCCCUCAGUAGCGGCGAGCGAAGAGGGAAGAGCCCAGCGCCGAAUCCCCGUCCGACAGGCGGGCGCGGGAAAUGUGGCGUACGGAAGACCUCCUGCCCGGUGUCGAUCGGGGGCCUGAGUCCUUCUGAUAGAGGCUCAGCCCGUGGACGGUGUGAGGCCGGUAACGGCUCCCGUCGCGCCGGGUCUGCCCGGGGGAUUCAACUCGGCGGGCAAGGGACGGCCGCCCGGUGCUGGGAGGAUCCCCUCGUGGGACCUCUCCCCGGGUGUCGCCGGCCCCCGCCGAGCGCACUUCCUCCGCGGCGGUGCGCCGCGACCGGCUCUGGUGUCGGCCAGGAAAGGCUCGGGGCGAAGGUGGCACGCCGUCUCGGCGGCGUGCUUUACAGCGACCCCCCGCCCGGACCUCGCCGCUUCCCGGGGCCGUGGAACGAGUGCCCGCUGCGCCCUCUCUGCCCACGAGGCAGGGACGGGGCCCCCUGCCCCCGGCGCGACUGUCAACCGGGGCGGACUGUCCUCAGUGCGCCCCGACCGCGUCGCGUCGCCCAGGGCGGGGACCGGCCCACGUACACAGGCGUCAGGGGUCUGCGGCGAUGUCGGCAACCCACCCGACCCGUCUUGAAACACGGACCAAGGAGUCUAACGCACGCGCGAGUCAGAGGGUCACCCCAGAAACCCCGUGGCGCAAUGAAAGUGAGGGGCGGCGCGCGCCGCCUGAGGUGGGAUCCCGGCCCCCCGGGGCUCCGGGCGCACCACCGGCCCGUCUCGCCCGCUCCGUCGGGGAGGUGGAGCAUGAGCGCGCGCGAUAGGACCCGAAAGAUGGUGAACUAUGCCUGGGCAGGGCGAAGCCAGAGGAAACUCUGGUGGAGGCCCGCAGCGGUCCUGACGUGCAAAUCGGUCGUCCGACCUGGGUAUAGGGGCGAAAGACUAAUCGAACCAUCUAGUAGCUGGUUCCCUCCGAAGUCUCCCUCAGGACCGCUGGCACUCGACGUCUCGCAGUUUUAUCUGGUAAAGCGAAUGAUUAGAGCCCUGAAAAUGGAUGGCGCUGGAGCGUCGGGCCCAUACCCGGCCGUCGCCGGCACCAGGGGCCUCGAGGGCUACGCCGCGACGAGUAGGAGGGCCGCCGCGGUGAGCACGGAAGCCUAG